GACACAACAGGCUUUGACUCCUCACCUCUCCACAAGAAGAGCAGCUCACAACCCAGGAGACGCCAUGGCGAACACACUCGUGAAGAUGCUGGCCGCACUCAUGUGCACACUGGCUGCUUUCGCUGACAUUGUGCCCGUUCAGAAUUUCGAUCUGCAGAGGAUGGCAGGAAAGUGGUACUUGGUUGGCAUCGCCACCAACGCCCCUUGGUUUGUCAAUCACAAGGCCAGCAUGAAGAUGGGCACCGCCAUGGUUGUGGCGACCGAUGGAGGAGACUUGGACCUCACCUACGCCAACAUCAAGGAGGAUGGCACGUGCUGGAGGAUGACUCAUCUGGCUCAAAAGACUGACACCCCUGGACGCUUCACAUUUCACAGCCAAGUUUGGAACAACGACAACGACAUAAGGAUCGUUGACAUCAUCUACGACGACUUCGCUCUGGUCCACAACAUCAAGACAAAGGACGGCGUGUCCGAAGUUGUCGACAAGCUUUACAGUCGCUCCACUGAUGUGAGUGCAGCUCAUCAGCAGAAGUUCACAGACUUUUCUUCAGGAAAUGGAGUCCUGCCUGAAAAUAUCGUAAUUCUGCCCAAAGCUGCUGAAUGUGCUGAGGCCUGAAUAAACUUCCUCCAUCUCGUUUUUUUGACGACUUCCACUUGCUCGUGUUGCACCUGACACACAAACACUAACGACUUCAUUGGACUGCAAUAUAACACAAAACACUGCAGAAACAAAGCAAUAUUUCACAUUUUUGUAAACUGUUUAUUUUGUCAUUUUUUAAAUGUAAUUUCUGCAAUAAAAAAAAAUAAAAAAUUA